AUGGAGAGGUGGUCGAGAUCUCGAUUGCCACUCCGCGCUGUGAUUAACAUUAUCCCUUUCAACCCCACACCCCCCCAUGCGUGCCUGGCGUCUCUCUGGCCCCGCUCCCCCUUAUCCCCCCUUUCGACUCAAAACUUGAACAACAUGAAGGCCUGCGAUUUCGCUUUCGUCCAACCCAUCGUCGUCCCCGCCCGACCGCACCGCCACCAUGUCCACUCAUCUCGACCGCCGCACUGCCUCCCCAAGCGCCCAAUGUGCACCCGCCUCCCCGCGACUCCACACAUGACCGCCUCGGACCGUUCGACAGAGUCGCUCCCCAUUCCAUUCGCCCCACAAACCUCAGACGUGUGGGAGCUGGACUUCUAUUCUCGCCCCGUCGUUGGGAUGGACGGCAAGAAGCUGUGGGAGCUGAUCAUCACCGACACCUCGGCCGCGUUCACGCACAUCGAGGCCAUCCCCAACUCCAUGGUCAACUCGCGCGAGUUGCGAAAGCGCGUGCAGGCCGUCAUUGAUGACGCCCAAAACCCACCAAGGGUCAUCCGCUUCUUCCGCACCCAGAUGUUCAACAUGAUUAAUAUUGCCCUGUCGGAAAUCGACGUCCAGGUCGCCCCAUCACGGAAAACUUACGCACUGUUUCAGCUGCUGAAGGAGAGGGAGGAGACGGUUUAUGUCAAAAUGCCGGGCUUUCAAAAGUCCCUAACGAGCCAGGCUACGGUCUUUUCGGGCAUUGACCUCGUCGUCAUACAGCCCUUGCCGGAUGCCCUGCGAUGCGAGAGCUUUUCUUUUGGUUCGUUUCCGCUUGGUCAGCUGGAGGAGUUUUUUGACACCGCCAAUUCCAAGGACUUUUUCGGCGACUGCUGCCUUGUCGACCCAAGCGUGCCGAAGGAUACCUUGGUCCCUGGACUGGUUGUUUUCUCCAGACGUGCUUAUCCUUUAGCUGCCUGGAUUAGUGGCACGGAGCUCGCUUUCAUCCGCGCUACCCUGGAAAGGCAGGAGAUUGCCUUCGAGUGUGGCUUGAACACCGUGUACAAGUUUGCCCAAAUUACAGACGACAUACAGGACGAGGCGAGGACUUUUCAAGCAGGCAAAGCCAAUACGGCAGGCCUCCACUUUCUAGCCGUCCAGACUAGCUCAGAUGCAGAAGAAAUAGACGGUAUGUGGUUGUUGCGUGAAACUUAA